AUAUAUUUUUUUAAAGCAAAGAUUUGACAAAUUCUGGCCCACCUACAUUUCCCAGGGAAGAAGGCGAAGCAGCCAAAAAAAACAUUAACCAUUUUUAUAUUUCAUAGACUUCCCUGAAAAAGGAAUUUGUUUUUGAAAGAAAAAGAAAUAAUCUUUCUUUGAUUCCAUUAUCUCACUGUGUAAAAUGAAACCGUGUAACUAAACAUUAGAUCUGAAUGAUCAUUUCUUUUUUCAUUUUUUCUUGAUCUGUGUGUGUUCAUUUCUGUUGUAAAAGAAAAGAAAUGUUGAAGUUGUGGAAAUGGUAUCAAAAUUGCUUAGCAAUCCACCCAGUGAAGACACAGGUUUUAAGCUCAGGCUUGAUUUGGGCUUUUGGUGACAUAGCUGCUCAAACUAUUACUCACUCUACUGCCAAAAAACACCAUCAUUUGCAGGAAAAGGAUAAAGAAUUAAAGGUUAAUUGGAAACGUGUGGCUACAACAAGUUUGUUUGGUUUAGGAUUUGUUGGACCAGUCGGACAUUACUGGUACGAAGGUUUGGACCGAUGCAUAAGGUUUCGACUUCGUUUACGACCAUAUUCUUUUCGUUUCGUGGCUACUAAAGUUGCAGUCGACGGGUUUAUCUUCGGGCCAUUGGAUUUACUCGUGUUUUUUACUUACAUGGGAUUUUCUGCGGGAAAGAGUGUUCCCCAAAUCAAAGAAGAUGUAAAGAGGGAUUUUGUACCGGCAUUAAUUCUCGAAGGAGGGCUAUGGCCGAUUGUUCAAGUCGCAAAUUUCCGAUAUAUACCGGUGAGAUACCAACUUCUAUAUGUAAACAUGUUCUGCUUGUUGGAUAGUUGUUUCUUGUCGUGGAUCGAACAACAAGAGGAUGCUCCAUGGAAGCAAUGGCUGAAUUCUUUGAUACAUUCAAAGGAGAAAAAGGAUGAAGGUUAAUACAUUUAUUGAGAACUUUGAUGUUGAUGCAUUGAAGGACUUGUUUGGCAUCAUUUUGCAUAUACAUGGUGAAAUAUAUAUCUAUACUAGUUUUGGAGAAUUGAAAAAAGGAAGGAAGAAAAUUUAUGCUCCAUUGAAGGACUUUUUGAACCCUUUGGGAUACGAGUGAUCAUUGUUAUUCUCUUAUCUCAUUCCUCUUGAUAAAUGAUUUUGGUAAUUCUCUUUUAACAGUGAGAUAUUAUAUCUGUACGGUUUUCUUUUUUUUAAAAAAAAAAAGAAAAGUCUCUAGGAUGAUGGUCGAUUGAAUAUUUACAAUUUUUGAAAUAUCUAAAUUUAAAUCCGUGAAAUCCUCCUUUUUUUCACAAGAUUUCUGAAUCUGUUAAAAUAUAUUUUUAAUUAAAUCAAUAUAAAUUUGCCGAAUAAAGGCGUAAUAUCCUCUGAUUUAUUAAAAUAAAUUUAAAACUAAAACAUUAAAAUCCUACAACCUUAACCUUCUACCAUUUACCGAUACUACACUAGCAAUUAAAUAAAUUUAGUACGCAUCAUGUAUAAAAUAAGUUCAAUCUAAUUAAUCUUUACAUAAUUGACAUGAGAAAGAAAAAACACUAUAUAGAUUUACAUAUAAAUAGUGCCAAAUUUGCUAUCUAAGACUUUACUAUUGAAGUAUAGGCAUCAUUCAUUCCUAUUCUGGAAUCACAUUUAUUAACGGAAUUUUAAAUUUGAGGUUUCAAAAAUAUAUAUAAUAACUGAAUUAUGAUGGAAAUUAAAAGAAAAUGUACAUUUCAAAUUACAUUCACAGACAUCUACAACUACAAAAAAGAAAGGUAAAAAAAAGAAAAGAGUUUUCACAAUCCUCUCUGCAAAAACAAUUCAGUUCAAUUUCUUCCAAAAAGGAAAAAAGAAAUUUCAAUAUAAAAAAACUAUUCAGAACAUCUUACCCAUAGGCAUUAAAUGAAGAACAGAUUUAGGGUUCAUGAAGUACCAAAUUUGGACAAGGCUGAUUCGAAAAGUGUUGAGAAAUCCUGGGAUGUAUUUUGAUCGUCGGCUUUGAUC